GAUGAAUUAUCCCAGUGGUUUAUUCAUUUCAAAGAUCAGCUCCCAGAUUUAGAUCCUCAGCAGCAAGAAAUAAUACACGAUUUAACCGGGGAUGUCCCACUUCUCCUUCGUCCACUCUUCAAGUUUCAAAAGAAGGGAUUUAAUCAGAAAGAGUUCCAAGAAUCUGAAGAGUUUUAUCGAGUUAGAGUCGAAGUUGCACAGUUUUUCAAAGCCAGAUUCCGAGCGCUGCAAGGCAGGGCAGAGAAAAACAAGUAUGUCCUGUUUUCAGAUGUCUUUGAAGAGGGGUCUUAUGAUCAAAGAUAUUUCUAUAUGGAGGAAAGCAUGGCUAGUCACACCUGUAGAGUGGCAGCAGAGGCCAUGACAUUGCUCCUCCAGGACUCUGUCGAAAAUGAAACUGUUGGUACAAGAAAGGCGAGUCCUGUAGAAGAUUGGCGAGAUGUUUGGCCUGGACUGUUUCCCGAGGGCGCCGUCACUCAAUCCAUUGCCCAUCAAGCUAAGGACGGAGGGUAUUCAGUUGCGGAUGUUGGUGCCUACGGUAUUCAAACGUUAUUCUCCCCUUGGCCCGAGAGAUUCGGUUACAUACGUAUCGUUGGAUGUGAAUCUCUUCAGCCAGAUUACAGUCUCUCGAUACUUUGCUGGUGCGCCGCGGUUCGAUGCUUAACUGGAAACGGCCCGACUGACGGCUUCGAUGGGCAUUACAGGGAUCGCACUGACUCUGUGCAUCUACGACUGGCUCAUACUGGUCGAAAGAGAAAGUCAGACGGUGUGGAAGGCGCGAUGGACGCGGACGAAAGUUCUCUACUACAUUGUGAGGGACAAUUCUUCGCGGCGUGGUCCGAAAACUGGCAUCCUGACGAAUCUCAGAAUCGUGUCAUAACCCUAAUUGGGCUCGGUAUCGUCGCCACUCGUAAGGUCAUGAGCGGCAGGGUCUUCCUGAAUCUCGUACUGGCCGCAAACGGUAGAGGGGAUACAACGGGUACCACCACUGCUGGGAUAUCGUCGUUACACAUCAGGCGGGGGCGUCACCUGCAAGGAGAGGGGUCUGAACAAGUGGAGACAUUUGGCGCAAAGAAGAUACGCCACAGCGUCCCUCUUACGACAUUCAGUACGACCAUCGCCUCAGUUGAUGACUAUGUUCAACACUCCAAUCCUCCGCCCCUAAAAGGUUCCUCAGGGUCACGCUCGACAACCGACGCUGACAGAUAA